ACUCAAGAUGGGGAGGGCGGGUAUUUUCAAACGUUUCUUUUUAAACCCAAGGCACUGUAAGGACAAGGGUAGAAAACUAGACGGCAAGGGGUUUGUCUCUGAAAUCGAGAAGGCAAAAAGGCGUCGUAGAUGCUGCACAAAGUAGAGAGAACUAGGUAAAGAAGGGUUGUGGGGCGUCCUUGUAAAACCCCAGCAGGAACCCAACGUCUAAAACCUCUGGCCGGCAAGGCGGACUUAAACUCGGAACGCAAUUUCGGCAACCGCAGUUUUCCCGCCGGAGCUCGGGUCUGAGCAGUCUUCCUCCUGCGCAGGCGCGGUACCACUUACAGAGCAUGGAAGCGGUGGCUUUUCUGUGCUUAGCAGCGGCGGUCCUAGGAUGGGGCUUCCUCUGGGUUUGGGACUCUUGGGAACGCAUGAAGGGUCAGAAGCCGGCUGGCUUGCCGGGAGAUGGAAGCAGGACCCUCCUGGUGAUCGCGCACCCCGACGAUGAAGCCAUGUUCUUUGCUCCCACUGUGCUAGGCUUGGCCCGCCUGAGGCACCGGCUGUCUUUGCUCUGCUUCUCUGCAGGAAAUUACUACAAUCAAGGGGAGAUUCGUAAGAAAGAACUUUUGCAGAGCUGUGAUGUUUUGGGGAUUCCACCCUCCCGCAUAAUGAUUAUUGACAACAGGGAUUUCCCAGAUGACCCAGGUGUGCAGUGGGACACAGAGCAUGUGGCUAGCACCCUCCUCCAGCACAUAGAAGUGAACAGCAUCAACCUGGUGGUGACUUUCGACGCAGGGGGAGUGAGUGGUCACAGCAACCACGUUGCUCUAUACGUGGCCGUGAGGACCCUGCAUUCAGAAGGGAAGUUACCUAAAGGGUGUUCCGUGCUCACACUUCAGUCAGUGAAUGUGUUACGCAAGUAUAUCUCCCUCCUGGACCUGCCCUUUACUCUGCUUCAGACCCGGGAAGUGCUCUUUGUGCUCACCAGCAAAGAAGUGGCACAGGCCAAGAAAGCCAUGUCCUGCCACCGCAGCCAGCUGCUCUGGUUCCGCCGCCUCUACGUGCUCUUCUCCAGGUACAUGAGAAUCAACUCUCUGCACUUCCUCUGAAGCCUUGAAGAGCUUUCCGGUCCGCAGAAGAAAGGGAGAAGAACGAGCCCAGGAAGCCUGGCGCCUGGCCGUGAGCUGGCUCGCCUCCCCGGGGCCGAGGCAGACAGAGCUCUGCUCAUACAUGCCGUGAGCCUCUAACAUAUUGGGGGGGGGGGGCGGGUGCGUGCUGCCCAACGGGUUGUCCAAGCUUGAACUACUUCGUCUGGGGGGGAAAAAAAAACCUACAGCAGCCCAAACCAAACAAACCCAAGGGUAAUAAUAGCCACCCUGCUAGAUCCUCAAGUUGUCGUGAAAAACAGGUUAUGUAAGGGCACAAUGUAUGUCAAACACAUAGCACAGAGCCUGCUAGGAUUACAAAUGAAGGCAAAAGUGUGCUGACAUCAUCACUUCACAGAGGCCAUGAUGUAGUAUUUUUACAUCGUUUCCAAAGCAGGCUUGCCACACACACACACACACACACACAGUCUUUAUUGAACUAGUUCAACCAUAAUUCCUUUGAUUAACGUUGUGGCCUAUGUGUCAGAUUUGAAUCUAGAGGAAGUUCUCCAUUUAGCAUCACGGUCCUUAAAUUGGGGCUCCCAAGGCCCCAACCCUGUGCCCAGCAUUUCAUACUGAGACUGGUAUGAUGUGGGCCCUGCCCUGAAGGAGCUUACAAUCAAAUACCUCACCUCCCAGGCUUCUGGGGAAAGCCAGAAAAAGGAAGACAAAUCUGGAACUGUUUUUUCUUUGUGUUUCGUGUUUUGUUUUUUGUAACACUCAAAAAGCGGAUGUCUUUUUUUUUUUAAUAUUUUUAUUUAUUUUUGAAGGAGAGAGAGAAACAGAGCAUGACUGGGGGAGGAGCAGAGAGAGAGGGAGACACAGAAUCCAAAGCGGGCUCCAGGCUCCAAACUGCCAGCACAGAGUCUGACGUGGGGCUUGAACUCACAAACCGUGAGAUCAUGACCUGAGCCCAAGUCGGACGCUUAACCGACUGAGCCACCCAGGUGCCCCAAAAAGCGGAUGUCUUAAAAUUGUGCUACAAACAAAAAGACUCUGAGGCGUCUGGCUUGGAAGCUACUCCCACAGUCCAGCUACUGGUCCAGGGAGGUGGCCUGAGGCAGGGAACUGCAGCCGUGAAGAGCUGGGGCUCCGCGUGCUGGUGAGCCUGGGUGUGAGGCCAGACUUACCAGCAGCAUAACCACGGAUAAGGUGUUUGGACCUUUCUCUGCCUCCAUUGUCUCCUCUGCAAAAUGGGGGACCGUAAUGGUACCCACCUCGGAGGAGAUGACGCCUGGUAGACGCAUGGAAAGGGUCCGGCAUGCAGUCGGGGCUCAGGAAAGAUGAGCGGCUGGCAUUCUGAGGUCUACAGAGUAAGCAGGCGUAAAGCAGAGGGACUAGAAUGUACGUUCAAGUCCCGACACAGAAAGGCUCUCGGUGUGCGUUGUCCAGUGGGUGGCCUCUUUGCCUGCCCGAAGGCCCGCAAUUGCUGUCUCCAUAGCAACAGGUUAGAGACCUGCUCACUGGAGCUCUCUUGAAUGCCUCCUAGGGGCCAAAAGGGACCGAAAGGGCUAUCAGGCCCUGAAGCUGGAAUCGAAAUGCAAGUGUGGUUAUGUUUUCUGUCUACUUAAGAUCUGUCAAAAGCUCCUAGUAGCCUCCCGAUGAAACCGUGACAAGAAAUAAGCCACUGAUGCUGGUUAGAGCGUGGGGGCCAGGCUGCCUCCUGUCCUACUGCUGGCAAGACGGGCACUCAACCAGCUUCCCUGGACUGCGAGUCUCAUUAUGUGUUAAGAGCUUAUAAAAUACCCCUAUUGGGGCGCCUGGGCGACUCAGUUAAGCAUCAGACUUUGGCUCAAGACGAAGAGAGAGAGACAGAGAUAUAUAGAGGUAUCUCUCCAAAAUGUAAUUACUGGGGUGCCUGGCUGGCUCAGUUGGUAGACCGUGUGACUCCUGAUCUCGGGGUAUCAGGAGUUCAAGCCCCAUGUUGGGUAUAGAGCUUGCUUGAAAAAAAAAAAAAAAAGGGAAUUUCUAAUUAGUAAGCUUCUCUUUCUAAAAUGAACAUUUAUCGGGGAUCCUGGGUGGCUCAGUUGGUUAAGCCUCCGACUUCUGCUCAGGUUCGUGAGUUUGAGCCCCACAUCGGGCUCUGUGCUGACAGCUCAGAACCUGGAGCCUGCUUCUGAUUCUGUGUCUUCCUCUCUCUCUUCCCCUCCCCUGCUCACACUCUGUCUCUCUCUGUAUUUCAAAAAUAAAUAAAUGUAGAAAAAAAAAUUAAAAUGAACAUUUAUUAUUUUAAAGGAUUUUGUUGUUUAUGAAUGGUUAUGAUGUUCUAGUACACUUUUGAUAUAAUGUGAAGUUUUUAAAAAAUGUGUGUAUCCAGGAUAGUCUGGAUUUUGUAUGGAAAUGAUUCAUUAGAGAAAAACUGGCUAAUACACUGCUGACAGA